GGGUUCACGAGAAGAUUUCCAGAGGUACUUGGAAGGCAGUCGAGUUUUUGUGUGUUGUUGUUUUUAUUAUCCUUUAUUACAACCAAAGGAAAAAGCAUGUCAAUUGAAACGUAGAUUUCCACUGAUCUUGCGUUAUUGUGAUUGUGACGCAACAAUGUGGAAUUCACGGCUUUGUAGGAAAACUGAAAUCUCUAAGACAGCGUGCAACGAGCAUUAGAGAAAGUGAUCUUGCUUAUUAAAACUUGGAACGAUUUUGAGAAUUCAUUAGUUAGGCAGACGACAAGGGCAAUAUUAUCAACGCAGAGAUUUAAUUUAGUUACAUAUGGUUAAUAAAUUGUCGUGCAACAAAUUGUUAUUCAAUUUAUCACAACUUUGUUCGAUGCCUGAUUACGGGGGUUCGCGUUGCUUGCUUCGUGACUCGGGGGGUACUUGACAGAAAAAAGGUUGAGAACCCCUGCCGCAGACGAUCUAUAUGUAACGCGUGUAAAAUAUUUCCGCUUUUAUGAUUUAAAUAGAAUAACAUAUAUAUUGUCUUAUUCACGUAACAAUUCGGACACGAUUGUUGACGAAGUAUGUUAGUUUCACCUCAAAGCAUCGCUUGGGUACUACUGCUUUCCACGUUAAUUCUUGUUAGUGUUGAAUGCGAGAAAAGAGAAUGUUCAGAUAAACUGGGCUAUUGUGCACAGAUCAAAGAAUAUUGCAAUUCGACAGAAUAUGUUGUGUUUUUGAAAGAAAAUUGUUUCAAAACAUGUUUUAAUUGCACAGAACUCGAUUGUGGAGAUUGUGAAGAUGGUUGCACCGAAAGUGAUAACGGUGAAAUUACUUGCACUUGUUAUCCAGGUUUCAAACUUUCUUCAGACGGAAAAUCAUGCCAAGAUAUAAAUGAAUGUUUGUUGUCACCAUGUCCCUCGAAUAAGAAGUGGUGCAAAAACUUUGAGGGAGGAUUCAGCUGUCAUCGUUCAUCAUGUUCUGAGAUUUCAAUUAAUUACUCUUCAAAAAUGCACAAUCCUAACGAAUGCUGCCAUAUUACACACGGCAAAUGCGGACAGGAUGGGUGGACGCGAUACCCCUCGUUACCACGAAGACCGAUAAACAAAUGGCCGUGGACGGCUGCACUUUACACCGGGAGAAAGUUAAAAUGUACAGGGGUUAUUAUUGAUAAAAAUUCGGUUGUGAUUCCCACGAGUUGCGUUCGAAAAGUGGUGAUCAAAUCGAAUCUGAAACAAUUACAAGUGAAAGUUGGAUUGAUGGGAUUCACGUCUACGCCAUAUUCUGUUCGACGAAAUGUAUUAAAAUUACACACAAUUUCUGGACAUAAAAGUGCCCCGGAUAAUGUUACUUUACUUCAACUCAACGAAAGCUUACCAUUUUCAAUGGACUUGAUACAUCCAGUUUGCACGUCUGGAGAAGAAAAUCCUUCUAUUGGCGAGACAUGCGUGGCUCUGGGAUUUGUAAAACGGGAUUCGUUUGAUGGUUUAUACGAUUCUUUAACCGAAAUACCACUGACAGUCACAAACAAUUCAGAGUGCAGAACACUUGCAGAUGACCACGAUUAUGGAAUCGAUGAAUACCAAGUAAAAAUAUGUGCUGGAAACCAGAAGUUGAAUAACAAAGAUUGCUUAGGAAGUAGCGGGGGAUUGUUGGUGUGCCAAAGCAAAUGUAGCUGUGACUGGUAUCUUGCUGGUGUGAAAUAUGAAGGAAAAGGCUGUGCUGGACCUCGACAAGGAUACACCUCGUUUUUGAACUUGAUAACGUUCCAAACAGCAAUUAAUAAUCUUAAGGAUGACAAGAAUUCUUCAGCUUAAUAUUAGGUCAAUAUUUCAUCGAUUUCUCAGAAAGAACAUUUCAGAAAGAUCAAUCCAUUUAAACGUGUUGGAUGAAACAAGAUCACAGCCAAUAUAUCAAUAUUUUCAAGUUGGCAACUUUAUUUUAUUCGAACCGUUUGUGUUAAUAAAAACAAGAUAUUGCUAUAAAACUGAUUAUCAUUUAUUUCUAAUAUAACAAAACACCAAUUGUGAUCCUU